AUCUAUGCUGAGCAGCUUUUCCCACUCGGCUACGGCCAUCCUCUCUGGUACCCUGAACCCGUUGGUGGUCGGGAGAUACUCAUUGGGGAUGUAGGAUGGUUUCGGACAAACGGCCAGUUCACUCCUCUGUUCAAUGUCAAGUCGUCUCGAGAAGACCCUGUGAACCAGCAAAACGGCGUCCCACGUGGUUUCACGGUCUUCGACUCUCCCGGUUCACGCACGGUCUUCACGAAUCCCAACGCUAUAAUGCAAAGGUCCCUGUGCAGCCGCACUGUACAGACUCGAGAGGUCGAAGCUGAGCUUUCUGCUGGCAGCUUUGCUUUCCAGACCACAGCCGAUUGCGGAGCCUUGGUCCUGCUUGAACCGCCUGCGGAGAGCGCAGACAUUGAAUCGAAGCGGCACAUCGUCAACUACAUGCGCAGACACUUCGACAGCUGGCUUGACUUUGUUAACGGACAAGAAGGCAUGGGCCUUGGCCUUGAGGAGCAAGAUAUUGUGUUUGUCAGCGGGACGAUGAAAACGACGCAUUGGGGAGUCGCUGCCUUUCAAGGGAAUGGGUCGGAGCGCAAGGAAGGACGCAUAAUUGCACAGUUCACCCCUUACGCAACGGCCAGUUUAUCUGUCAGCCUUGCUAAUGCAUCCAUGCCCAGGAGUCACUACCGAUAUGGUCCACACCCUGCUCAGGAAGUAUCAGUUCCGCGAAACCAAUGCCUUUUUAUACACUAUUACAAGAUGAGGCGCAGGCGUCCGCUCCCGAAGUUUGCGAUGCGGGCUGCUGCGGGACCG